AAGGCGGGGUAUAAAACGAAAACAAAAGUAGCCUGGAGAUCAUUUGAUUUUACCCUCUACACUCAAGACUGCUUCUCUCUGCGGACUAAAACAGAUCAGAGCAAUGGCAUUGGAACAGAACCAGACAACAGAUUACUAUUACGAGGAAAAUGAAAUGAAUGGCACUCAUGACUACAGUCAGUACGAAGCGAUCUGUAUAAAAGAAGAGGUCAGAAAAUUCGCAAAAGUAUUCCUCCCUGCCUUCUUUGCAAUUGCUUUCAUCACUGGACUUGCAGGCAACUCCAUAGUAGUGGCGGUUUAUGCCUAUUAUAAGAAACAAAGAACCAAAACAGAUGUGUACAUCCUGCAUUUGGCAGUGGCGGAUUUACUCCUUCUGUUCACUCUGCCUUUUUGGGCCGUAAAUGCAGUUCAUGGGUGGGUGUUAGGAAAGAUGAUGUGUAAAGUAACAUCAGCCUUGUACACAGUAAACUUUGUCUCUGGAAUGCAGUUUCUGGCUUGUAUCAGCAUUGACAGAUACACAGCAGUAACGAAAGCCCCUCAGCAGCCAGCAGUGGGAAAACCAUGCUGGGUCAUCUGCUUCUGUGUCUGGACAGCUGCCAUCUUGCUCAGUAUACCCCAGCUGGUUUUUUAUACAGUAAAUGACAACACCAAGUGCACACCCGUUUUCCCCCAUAACUUAGGAACGUCAAUGAAAGCCUCAAUUCAAAUGCUAGAGAUCUGCAUUGGAUUCGUGGUACCCUUUCUUAUCAUGGGGGUGUGUUACUUUAUCACAGCGAGAACACUCAUCAAGAUGCCAAACAUUAAGAAAUCUCGACCCCUUAAAGUCCUGCUCACAGUGGUUAUCGUUUUCAUUGUCACUCAGCUGCCUUACAACAUUGUCAAGUUCUGUCAAGCCAUCGACAUCAUCUACUCCCUGAUCACCGACUGUGACAUGAGCAAACGCAUGGAUGUUGCCAUCCAGGUCACAGAGAGCAUCGCGCUCUUUCACAGCUGCCUCAACCCAGUCCUGUAUGUUUUUAUGGGGGCCUCUUUCAAAAACUAUAUUAUGAAAGUGGCCAAGAAAUAUGGGUCCUGGAGAAGACAGAGACAAGAUGUGGAGGACAUUCCUUUUGAUUCUGAGGGUCCUACAGAACCAACCAGUACUUUUACCAUUUAAAUGUAAAACUGUUGCCCUUUG